AUGGCAGUUGAACUCGACACCCGUCAACCCGACUCUCUCCAGCCUCUCCCUCAACCCGACCAACCCCUUCCAAACGCCGCUCAAAUCCCCCUCCAAACCUUCCACCUCCCCUCCUUCCCCCCUCAAGCAUCCCAGCUCAAAGAUCUAACCCUCACCUCAGACAUAAAGCCGACAGAGUACGCGGAUCUGCUCGCCACACCUCUAUCAGCUGAUGCCAUACCAUCCUCUCUACCAGCGAGUAUCGAGUCGCUGACCCUUGAGCUGUUUUCCUUGGGCUACCCGCCUUCUUUCCUGGAUAGUUUGAGUCGGGGGUUACCCCGUCUUCGGGCGUUGACGCUAUACUCGCAUCUCGUUGACGGGGUGAGUGACGGGUCGAGGAAGGACGCGGGGGAGUUUUUCCAUAAUGUUCUCGUUGGGAAGAAGGAGAACGGGGGUGGAUUGAGACAGUUACACCUCCUUGAUGUGUUCUCUCGAAAGGGGCUCAUGUCAGGAAUUGGCGAUAUUCUCGAUGAUAUGGGCUCGAAUGCAUUGAUCCGUCUUCUUGAAGUUUCGUAUACGUAUCGCGGACACUCGGACUCGGGAUUCCUGGCUCGUAUUCCGGGCGAUGAGUUACCGGGUUUAUUGGUACCGUCGCUUGUGGCAGUCUCGUUUCGUCUGUCGAGUAUGCUGGUGUCUCCUGAUGGUGAGGGGGAAGGAGAGUCCCAGUUCCCCGAUGACCCUGCGGAUGUGGAUGUGGAUGGAGUGCGGAUUCCUGGUGCUAAGCCGCAGGGCAUCAUCCCUCUUCACCCAGCACAUCCUGGAAUGGAACUGUUGAUGAAGAAGUUGGCGGGACAUGAUGGGCCAGAAAGCCUUGAGCCUGGUUCUAGUCCAAGCUCUGGUCCUGGUCCUCGAGGACUUAAAAUGCUCGAUUGUACUCUGUAUACAUUGAGUCUGGAGCAACUUACCACUAUUCUCAGUUCACAGAAUGAGUUGGCGAUUCUGGCUGCUAGUGUGCUGGUCCAGGAGAAGGAGACUUUGUUGGAUACUCUUCGAAAUGGGAGUAAGGAUUUGGAAGCGGUUGAGAUUGUCGGUGUUCCCAAGGAGGCUGUGGAGGUUGGGUCCAUCUCUAACCAGGAUACUUCAUUCCGUGCGCUCUUCCCAACUACCUCUGAUAUGACAGAUCUGUCGACUCGUCUUCCUCGGCUGAAUAGCUUUACCAUGACGAUUCUGCGAGCUGCUAGUUUUGGGUCGGUGACUUGGACACGAGCAUGGGAUGGAGGAUGGGAGGGUGGGACCGUGGGUGGACAGAAGUGA